AUGCCAACGCGAAGUAGUGUAAAAUGGAAAGUACGAAAUAGUAUAUCAAGUAUUAGUCUUCAUCGAUAUCGAUCAAAUUUUCGUCGUAAUAGAACAAAUACUUCAUUGACUAAUUCGGAAUAUUCAUCCACAUCAUCAUUUCCAUUAUUUCGUCAAUUUUAUCUUAUGCGUAGUUCAUUAAAACAAAAACGACGACGAUCAUUACUUAAAAAAGCUAAUACUAAUACUACUUUAUUGCCUGAAAAAAUUUAUAAAGCACCUCGUAUCGAAACUAAACAUGUCAUUACAACAAUUUUCAUUACAAUUACAUGUGCUUUUCUUUUAAUAUCUAUGAUUUUUCUUGACUUAGCUUAUUUCAAUGAAAGUAUAGCAAAUAAAACUAAUUAUAAUUUAUUAAGUAUUCAUAAUAGUUUAUGCUUUCAUUAUCCUAAAAUAUGUAUUAUAAAAGGAUUAGUUAUAAUUGUAUUUAUUUUUAUAACAAUAAUAUUAUGUUAUAGUAUUUUCGCAUUAUAUAUUCGUGCAAAACGUCAUUCACGUUUACUUGAACAUAAAACAAACGAAUUAGAAAAAGAAAAAUGUUUAACACAAAAAUUACUUCAUCAAAUUUUACCACCAUGUGUAGCAAAAGAUUUAAUUAAUGGACGAAAAGCACCAGCUGAAUAUUUUGAUUCAGUUACUGUGUAUUUUUCAGAUAUUGUUGGAUUUACUGCUAUAGCAAGUAUGUGUUCACCAAAUGAAACAUGUAAUAUGUUAAAUCAACUUUAUUCUAUAUUUGAUUCACUUUUGGAAAAUUUUGAUGUUUAUAAAGUUGAAACCAUUGGGGAUGCUUAUAUGGUUGUUUCUGGAGCGCCUGAAAAAAAUGGUGACAAACAUCCUAAUGAGAUUGUCAAUAUGUCAUUAAGUUUGCUGCGCGGUAAACAUCAAGUUCGUGUACCGCGUACAUCUGCUGAACUUAUGCUACGCGUUGGAAUUCAUACCGGACCGGUAUGUGCUGCUGUAAUCGGAUCAAAAAUGCCUCGUUAUUGUAUGUUUGGUGAUACAGUAAAUGUUGCUAAUCGAAUGGAAUCAACUGGUUUACCUGAACGAAUCCAUUUAAGUGAUGACACAUAUAAACGGAUAAAAAAUCGAGAACAAUAUGUUUUUGAAGAACGAGGUGAAAUCGAAAUUAAAGGCAAGGGCUUCAUGCGUACAUAUUUUUUAUUGUAUCGAAAAACGAAUGAAAAUGAAACAAAAUCACAUUCAACUACAGUGAAUAAUCAAGAUGUAUGA